AUGUAACAACCUGUCCCCACAACUACAGGAGGUUCGCUCUAACCAAUUUUAUCGAAUCAAAGAAGCCAAUCUGCGAAACCUUCGUUGAUGACUUUAUAAAAUCAAAGAACAGUUUAAUCAGCAAUGCAAAGAAGUCCUGGGCUUCCAUCUGCCCAGAGAGUCCCUUCUGGCAUAGGGAGCUUUGCCCAACCAACGAAUAAUAGUCAACGCAUACAGAGUGGUUACACACGAAUUCAAAGUGGCUAAACGAGGGUUGGUGGCACACGAAUAUAGAGUGCAGCAAAAUCAACGAGAAGCAUUGUGAAGGAAAUGUUCCACAUUGAACCCAAAGAAAUAAUAUUUGAAGACAUCAAGCCGGGAAUCCUUUAUGAGCAAAUCUUGAAUGUGUAGAAUUUAGCCAAAUAUCCUGUCAGAAUCAGAGUGUAACAACCCAAAAGUAAUUAUUGGUAUUUAAGGAAGCUUCCAAAUUCCGAGCUGAUUACGACAUGCAGCAAGGCAUAGCGGCGGGAUUAGGUCUGAAGGUUCUUGUUUUAUUUAAGGAAUCGGAACGAGACAUUGCAGCAUUGAAUCAACAUCAGAAACCUCCUCCCUUUUAUAAAGAUGUAAUUGUUAUAGAAUCUGAUGAAUUUAGAGCUGAAGUACAUUUAGCUGCAUAUAGAGCAUGUUCCAAAUUAAAAUUUAGUGAAUUCAUCGAUUUUGGAUUUGUAUAAUAAGGUACAGAAAAUACCAAGUCAUUAAUGAUUUAAAAUGUGGGUUUCGCAGAUGCCAAGGUCCAAGUAAAAAGCGAUGUGUUAAAUCUAAGGGCCUUGCCUAAUCUCAUAACAAUCGCCCCUGGAGAAUAUCAAUAGAUAAGCAUCAUCUACAAGGCUAAUGAAAUGGGCAACUUCAGAUAGACCAUGGAUAUCGUAAGUGAAAGUGGAACCCAAAAAUUAGAUAUCGCUGCUUGUUCAGUCGAUUACACCAGAUUCCUCAUGGAUUCUAAAGGGUCCUAAGUGACGUCCUUGGAUUUUGGAGAACUUUACAUGGGCAAAUCCAAAGUCAUCAAAUUGAAAUACGUGAACAAUGCUCCCAAAGGCCAUCAAUUCAAAAUCAUAGCAAGAAGAGGCAUCAUAAAUCCAAAUGAUGAUAUUGUAAACCUACAAACCCCCAAUGAAUUGGGAAUAGAAUAGAGUGAGAAACUAUUAGUGAUCUAACCAUCCACAGGAUAUGUCUAAGCAUAUUCUAGUGUUGAGUUAUCCUUAACUUGUAUGAUCCAAAUAACUCCCAAGGAACAGCAAUUAGCCAAGAAAAUCUGUUUUGGAGUUGACGUAGAGAAGGAGUAAAUGUGCAGAGAAAUUAAAUACUCAAUUAUUGUUCAAUAGCCUGAUGAAGAUUUGAUUGCUUACACUAAUGUGAAGGCAUUGCUUCCUUUAGUUAGAAUAUCGAAGUAAGCCUUGUAAUUUGGAGAUUGCGAUGUCAAUGACAAUAAAGACAUUCUAUUCACCAUUUCUAAUUUAUAAACCUAUCCUGUGGACAUUUCAUUUCAAAAGGUAUCUUGUUUCUUUUUUAAACCUGAAAUUGUUACGAUUAAUGGUUUAUCUUAAACUACUGUCCAAGUUAAGUUUACUCCAAAAAAUGUUGGGAAAUACUCUCAAAGUAUAGACAUGAUACUCAAUGAUUACCUGACUAUUCCAGUUAAAGUCAAUGGAGAAGCUUUGAAGAUAGCCAAGAAGAGACCUUAAACUAGAGGACCUGAGGCUAGAGCUGAGGAUUUCUAAAUAGAUCCCAAAUUCAUUGACACUAAAGAAAUAGAAUAUGUUAAAAAGAGAAACAACGAACUUAUUGAAUAAAAUCAUCAGCCUGGCAAUAUUGUAGAAGGAUAUUUUGAAGAUACAUAAAAAAAGCCCAAACCUGCUACUUAGACAAACAAUUUCCUAUAGGACUCAAGGAAUAAUCGAUUAGAAAAAUAGAGAUAAUAAAUAAUUUAAUAGAGAGUUGAAACAAUCACAAAGGCGUAAGAAAAGUAGAAAGAUGAGGGAUCAAAACCUCCCAAAGAUUUUGAAUUUGAAUUGGGAUUGCAAGUGGAUAACAUGGAUAAUGAUAUUGAUAUUCCGUAUCAUAAGGAGGGUCUUUAUGUAGUCAAACCAUUCCAACAGUAUGAGCCUUUAAAAAGAUAGGAUGAUGAAUUGGUAGACUUCAAGCCAGAUCCAAAAUAACCAGUCAAGAGAAUUCUAUCGGGGAGACCAUAAUCUCAUAAACAAGUGAGAGAUGUGAAUAGGGAAUUGACAGCAGAUGAUUUGAAGAGAGUUCAAGCAGGACCCAUAAAAAUUGAUUAUGGUACAAUUUACAUUAACACUCCAAUGUCAAGGACAUUUUUUAUACAUAACAAUUUGAGAUAUGCCAUCAUAGCCAGACUUUGUAUUGACAAAAAGGAAGAAUUGAAAAAGACAUUCCAAGAACCUUAAGUGAUAGAUAGUGGUGAAGAAGGAUAAUUUGAAAUAAUUGUUUAGGCUCAAUCAUUAGGGUAGUUGAAAUAAACCUUGAGAUACAUCUUAAAUGAGAGACACUCAUUUGAAAUCAUGGUUGUGGCUAAUGUAGAAUCAGUGAAAUUAGAGGUUUCUAAAACUACUAUAAAAAUGUAAUUUAAUGAAGAUGGAGGAAUGAGUGUGAAUGACUCCAUCAAAUUAAGUAAUAAUGGUGUUGGACCAGCUUAAUUCAAUUUCAUUUAGACUGAAGGGUCAAAAUUCACUCUUGAUUGUUUGAGUGGCAUUAUUUAGGGACAAUCUAAUUAAAUAAUUUAGAUUACAUAUACUCCCAGUAAAAUAAUGAAGGAUCCUCAAGAUUCUGAGAGUGAUGCAGUAUUUAAAAAUUAGAACCCCACAAGACAAGAUGAGGAGAAAAUCAUUUUAAAAGUUAAGGAUGGUUCUGAGAUCUAAUUGAAAUGCAUUGGAUUAGUUAGUGAUGUUAAAUGUGUUUGUAAAAGUACUGUUGAAUUCUCAGAGAUUUGUGUUGCAUAGGAAAAGUCUUUGCCGUUUUAGGUUAAAAAUACUAGCAGAAACAAUGCAAUAUUUAAGAUUUUGACUGAGUAUCUACCUAUGGGUUGCACUGUGUCUCCAUCUUCUGGUAAAAUAUUGCCUGAUGAGAAUAAGGAAUUCACUGUUAAGAUCAAUUGUGACAAACCCAAUAAUAUUAAUACAUAAAUAUUGUUGAUGCUCAGGUCUGGAAGAGUGAUAAGAAUACCCUUGACAGCACAAUGUAUAGUUCCUAAUGUCGUCAUUACUUAACAACUAUUUGAUUUUGGAGAUGUUACUACCUUAGGUAAUUAGACUGCUCUACCCUUAUCAAUUGCCAACAAGAGCAAUGUUGAAGUCAAACUAAUUUUUGAUUUAAGGAAUGAAGACAUAAAUCCAGAGGCCAAUGAGGGAGUUGGAUGUUUGAUAUUGAAACAAUAAUAGGAGUUUCUAAAGAACUAUACAGAAGAAGAAUAGUAGGAAGAAUCAGAUGAUGAUCUCCUCUCAUCUGCAAGAAUGAAGAAGAAGAUGAUUUGUCAAAAUAAGAAGUACAUAUUGAACAUGACACCUCAACAGACUGUGUAAUUUCAAUUGCAUUUUUAUCCUAAAGAAUUAAAAAGAUAUUCCUUUUAAUUACCUAUUGAAAUCUAUAAGUUUGGAGUCAUUGACUCUAUUAAAAGAAUGGUCUAAGUGUAUGGAUGUUCUCCUAAAUUCAUUGUGGAACCAAAAACUGUAGAUUUCCCAAGAAAAAUCAUUUUGUCUCCUCCUGAAAAGAACAAACCCAAUAUUUAGGAAAUUUUAUUGUCUAAUCCUGAGUACAAAGGAAUGUAAUUUAAAAUAUAAAUCGAUGCUGAUACUGGUAAUAUUCCAUCAGUCUUUCAAGUGAUUCCUCUUGCUGGAAGAGUUGAUGCUGGCUAAACUCUAAGAGUUAAAGUAAUGUUUAAUCCAAGAUACGAAGGAACCUAUUAAAAGCAAGCUUAAAUUUAUCUUGAAGAUAGCAAACCAGGACAACCAUAUUUGAUUGUUCAACUUCAUGGAAUAGCAGCAAAACCUAGUAUACAAUUUGAUAGAAGAGAGUUAAUACUGUGUCCAGUUCCUUUGGGAAUAGAAUCCAAAUUGUAGUUUAAGGUUUUUAAUGAUGGAUUUGAGACAUAGAAAGUAUCAGUUAAACCAUUAGAAGGGUUUACAGUAGAGUUUCUAGAUGGCCAAACUGUUGGGAUUACAAAAUAAUAUUUGGACAUGAUGAUUAAAUACACAGCUUAGAAUCCGAUUUCGAUUUCACAAACUCUAGAAAUCAUUGAUGAAACCCAGCAUAGUUACAGUAUCAGUGUUUCAGCAACUAGUGAUAAUUGUUCAUUUACUACGUGGAUGUAUGACAAUCAAUCAGAAAUCAGUCUCAUUAAGGGAGUGCCACAUUUAACGGAGAUUAAUUAGACUGAUGAAUCUGAGGACAGCAAGGAGUCUAUUCAUAGAAAAUUAACAUCGACUCAAUAGAUAUCAGAGAAGGCAAUUGAAAGUAAAUGUGAACAUAUGUAGAGAUGGUACAAUUAAUUUGUAGGUUAAUUGGAUUUAUUUCCAUCCUCCAUUGUCUUAAUGUAAGGUCAUCACAUUUUUGAGCUCAUUUCAUUUCUGACUGGUAAAACGUAGUUUCCCUUUCGAGCUCAAUUAUAAGGCAUUAAACAGAAAUCUUAGAUUUCCCAAUUGCUUUAUUAACAAUACAAAGAGUUGUUGCUUCAAUUGAAAGUAGAUGGAGCAUUGUUAAAUCAAAUUCGUCCUUGUUACUUACUUAGUUACGAUGAUUACUAGUUGUAUUUAAAGACAAUUGAAAUGAAAUUCACUCAUCCAGACUUUCAAAAAUAUUCCUAAUAACAAUUUGAUCAAGUUUCCAAAUCAUCUUAUUUGAUACUUUUUACGCAAAUCCUUCGUAUUUAUUAUUUACCGAGAGUCACUUUGAAGGCGAUGAGAUAAAUAAAUGGAAGCAUCAAUGAGUAUCCUUAAUCAAAUGUUUACUCCACUCAAGAAAUGCUUAUUUUAAGAUGGAUUGAACUUUAAGCCACAUAAUAUUGGAGAGAAUCAAAGAGUGUGAGGAUAGUCAAUUUUGGAAUGCUAAAAGAUGCUCACAUCCUAACAGCAAUGUUAUUGAGUUACUUAGGUCCAGGGGGAUUGAAGUACUUUUAGCCUUUGGGUUAAAUAACCAAACAGGAAUAAGAUUGCAGUCGCAACAUGUCUAUUUUCUUAAAAGGCCUGCAAGAUAUAGGUAUUGAGUCUCAUUUAGUGCUCAAUGAUUGUGUCAAUAUGAGCAAUCCGGAGACUCUAUUGAUGCUUAUGCUAUUAUACACCUAAGUGCCUAAUUUCAUGCCCAAAAGGGAACCUUUAGUGUUUAAGUGUGUUCUCGGAUCCAUUGUAAUGAAGACAAUCACAUUAACAAAUACCACAAGAGAUCCCAUUGUGUAUUUUGUGAAAUUGGAAGGAUCCUCAGAUUUUUCCAUUGAAGAAGACCAAGUCAAGAUAGAACCAGGAGGCAAAUAUAAUUACAAUAUUAAGUUCACUUCGAGGAUCAGUGAUGAGUAAACAGCUUUGAUUACUUUUUGUAAUAAGAAAGGAAAUAAGAACAUAGCUGCUGCAAUCGUAUAUGAAUUAAAAGGAGUCAUUUCAGAAAGAAUGAGUUAGAAGAUAUGGACUGUUAGUUCAGUUAUGUAUGAAAUGAAAGAAUUUAGUAUUACUGUCUAAAACACUUUUACAAAUGCAGAAUUUGGUCAUUUUACUAUUUAAAUAGUCCCAAUUAAAGUACCAUUAGUUAUAGAGACUCCUAAGAAAAAGAAGAAGGCUAUGUCAAUGGCUGAAAAGAAAAAGGAAGCCGACAAUGAAUUGAAAGAAAAACAAAGAUUAGAAAGAUUAACGUCAGUGGAAUUCCCUCCCGCCUUCUUUUGUAAAUAGGAGAGUAUCAGAUUGAAAAGAGGAGCUCAGUAUAAUUUGCCAAUGCAAUUUUUACCCACUUAAUUGCAUUAAUAAAAAUGCAUGGUUGUGUUUUAGGAUCUCCAAGUAGGUGAAUUCCAAUAUGAAAUCCAUGGUAAUGUCGAGCCUCCUGAAGUUCUCUAUGAUCUUAAACCUGAUCUUUAAGUUUACAUAGAUCAACUAGCCUCCUUCUAUCAUCAUGUCCCCUUUUUCAAUCCAUAAUUAAAGGCAGCAUUGAAAUAAGUAGAUCAGCUCACAAUUGAGAAGAAGAAGAUAAUAAACCGUCAAAAUUCCAACUCAGUCACAUUGUAAACUAAACCUAACUUACCGAUGGAAGAUGUGAUGUUUUCUGUUUAGUUGGAGGAACCACAAUCUUAUAUUAGUUGUGACAAAGUAUUUCAAUUGGUCAACUAUCAAUAAUUGUUGCUUAAUCACACUAAAAAUUCUGAUGAUGAGGAAGAUCCUUAGCAACAACUUCAGAAAUCUGACGACAAACAAAAUUUAAUCCAUUUCUUCAUGAAUUUCAAAACCGCUGUCAAAGACUAUCUGAGCCAUUUUAUGUUGGUCAAUGAAACAAAGACUGAUGUAAGAAGAUUCAGAAUUUAAAUAACCUCACUUCCCAAGCCGAUCACUGUCAUAUUAGAGAUGACAAUUCCUGCAAGGGAAGUAGUAACAUAAGAAAUUCCGAUUGUCAACAAUACUGAUCGAGACUUCAAUCUAAAAAUCAAUUUGGUUGGAGAUGAUCGGUUCUCAAUAUUAGGGGAUGGUUAAAGCAAGAGAAGGAAACAAGAGAAAGCUGCAGAUCACAAAGACACAAAAGAAAAUACCCAAAAGAAUAACAAGGAUCAGGAUUCCCAUCAAUAGAAUGUCUAAAAAGAACAAUUGAUAAAGAAGAAACUCAAUAAUUAACCAACAAAUGGUGCAGUAGUUGUGUAAUUUGCUCCUGAAUGGAUCUGUGAGGUGAAAGCCAAACUAUCUAUUAUCAAUCCUCUAACCAAUGACUUCUAUGAGUAUUAACUAAUUGGAAAAGGAGAAGAACCCUUAUCAGAAGGACAUUUCACAAUAAAAGCAGUGGCAAGAUAACCAAUCACCCAAAUCAUCCCAGUGGCUAAUAACACAAACGAGGAACUCAGAUAUUCUGUGGAAACAGAUGUCCUAAAUGCUGCAGGUGAAUAGGAGAUUACCAUUUAACCAUAAACAACCUAUGAAUAUAAAUUAAACAUCAAUCCAUUAAUUAGUGGUCAAUUCACUGGAUCUAUUACCUUUACUGGAAAUGGUCAUUAUAGAUGGUGGACCAUUAUGCUAGAUACUGCGAAUCCCAAGCCAUUAGGCACAGUCGAUCUAGUGUCUCCGAUUAGAAAGGCCAUUGCAUUUGAUAUCGAGAUUGCCAAUCCUUUGCCAGAAAAUGUUACAUAUGAAGUCCAAAUUAUAGGUGAAGCCUUGUCUGGUGACCCUUGGUUUUCAGUCUUGCCAGGAGGAACAUCAACAUAUUAGUUAAUAUUCUAACCAGUAUAGGAGGGAAGAUGGAAAGGGAGUAUUUCAUUUUGCCAUCCAAAAAUGGGAGAAAUUUGGUAUACAUUGAAUCUCAUUGGAGAGGAUCGAGGAGGUAUCAAGGUUCCCUAAUUUAAAACUGAAUUAGGGAAAUUAGAUAAAUGCGAGAUGUUACUUGAGAAUCCAACUUGCAAUACAAUCGUAGCAGAGAUAGAAAAUAGCAAUCCUACGAAUUUCUCAUUAGAAUUUGAGGGAGGCCAAUAAUUAGUAUUGGAACCUUACACUUUAAAACCUGUCUACGUUGUAUUUGUCCCUUCAGCCCUUACUGCUCACUCAGGAGAAAUUUAAAUUAAGACUAAGGAAAUUGGCAAGUGGAUCUUUUUAUGUUUCGGAACUGGUGAAUCCCCAACUCCUUUCUAAGAAACCACUGUAGUAUGUAAGGCAGGACAAUCUGUCACUUAAUAAAUUGAAUUCAAAAAUCCUUUGAAAGACUCUUUGACUGUCCAAUUGGAGAUGCAACAAUAAAAUGAAGGAGUGUUUACUUUAUUGAUGAAACGAUAAAGAAUUACAAUCGCUCCUUAAUCCAGUUUACUAAUACCAUAUUAAUUCAGUGCUGUGGAUAUCAAAUCCUAUAAAUGCAAUCUUGUGCUUGUUAUGAACCAUCAAGUCAAGUGGACUUAUCCUCUAUUAGGUUUGAUUGAGAAUGAAGAGAUGAAUAAUGUUCAUUUCAUAUAAACAAAAUGUAGGAUACCUUUAGUUACUAAAUUGAAUGUAGUUUUGGAUGGAUUAAAAAGCAAUGAGAAGGUAAUGUAUAAAAUAACCGAUAUGGAAAUUCUAAAGAAACAUCUAAAGAUUAAUUUGCCUGAUCAUCACAUUAAAGAUGUCACACAGCCUCUCAGUUUUGACAUCAGAUUUAUUCCGUACAAGCCUUUCAAAUUGCAAACUGAAUUACAAGUCAAAGUAGAAUCUGGUGGAUUAUGGAGGUAUUUCUUACUAUUUAAUUUGUAGAUUUAAAUUAUAAGUUAAUGCUCUAGAACCACAAAUCGACGACGUUAUUGUAAUCACCUCUGAAAUCAAUCAACUAACAAAGGUGAGUUUUAGGUUGACCAACAGAAUUGAAGAAAUUGCUAAUUUUAAGGCCUACUUUACACCUGAUUCUAAUUCUGAAUUCACCGUUGAACCUACAACUGGUCUACUAGAGCCACAUGGUAAAAAAGGAACUGAAUUCAAAUUGGGCUUUAAGCCUAAAGAAUACGGAAUUCGUAAAGAAGCCAAAUUGAUCAUUGAAACAGAAUCUAUGUACUGGUAAGAAUUUUUAUAACCUUAAGGUCUUACAUACUCAAAGGCCAUUUACCAAAAUACAUCCCACCAACCAACGUUAAGGGUCAUGGAAUAAAUAAUGAGUUGGCCAAGAUUCCUGCUCAUAAUCAUGACAAGAACUUUUUAAUAGAAAAUAUGAAGAAACCAAACAAAAAUAAAUGA